UCGUCGCAAUGAAAUAGUCAUGUCACUGGUGAUUCUUACGGGGAAAAUGGUGAGCAGCCUUGAAGGAGAGUUGUACAAACGUGAGCAAACUCAUAGGCCGGACCCGUUACGAGUCAAUGGCCCGGACGCUGGGUUUGUCUCAAAGUCCUUCGAACACGAUUUCUUUUAGCCUGUCGAUGAUAUUAUACAGCUGUGAAUCAACAGGCCGAUCUUCUCCCGUUAUAUGAUUUUUUUUUCGGCACCGAAAUUGAGGAAAAAUACGAGUGAUACGAUUUCUAUGGCUCGGGAGAAAUGAUUGGAGAAUUGAAACAGCAAUUGAUAUUUACUGGGGCAUAUGUAAAUUGUACCGCAGUAUUAAUAGUUUCUAAUUUUUUUUUAAUGGUUUCUCGGGGUUUAAUAGAGCGUUGCUGUUCCAUACGUGUGGUAUGACACAAUUUCAAUGUUCUAACUGUUUAAUUUCAUUCUGAACGGGUAUCAAUGAAUAUCGGGUAUUUCGAUCGUGCGUACAUUAGCGUAUCUAAUGCAACAUAUCAUCAGGUCCUGUGUGAAUGUGGCCUUUGAUGUGGAGUAUUGAAGGGGAUUAGAAAAAAUUUCUUUAGUUAUUUUUUAAGCCAUCCGGGGAAUUGGUGGUGAGGUAAUCGUUUAGCCACAGCGGGAUAAUCCGUUAUUAUUCCAAUUAUACCACCAAUUCUCACUGAUGAUUCAGUGAAGAUCGAACCUCCAAUUUUCAAGGCCCAUUUUCGAAUGAAUCACAAUGGAUUUUACAUCCUAUUCGUAAUAAAAAAAAUAUAAAAAAUAGUGGAGGAUGAAAAUGAUCGAGAUAAAUGGAAAUUUCAAUAUUCAAAUGAAUAGUCAUUUCUCGCUGGUGAUUUCCAUUUUUUAUUUUACGUUUUAGGAACUGUACAGCACAAAAGUCAGUAAUGAAUUCUGUAACGGUCGCUAUGGAGCGCGAAUAGCCAUUAAUUUUUAAUCUCGAUCAUAAUCUAGGAAUUAUUCAUUGACCGUCUUCUCAGGCUUUAUUAAAUACAGGUGUCCGAAUAGACCUGGUGGGUGCACUUUAACUGGAACAUUUCCUCGAGAAAACUCUUCGAGUGGAAAAAAAAAAAGAAACUAGAUAAGGGAUUAACAAAUUUUAGUGAUAAAUGCAGUCAAUUCUAUCGAAGGUAUGAGAUACAACGAGAGGGAUAUUGCAGACCUUUCACUCACGAUUUGAUUGUAAUCUCCGUAUGUAUCAGGGCUGGGGGAUUGAAAAUGGUUCUCAUACGAUUGAAUUCCUCGAGCAUAACAAGGAUUAGGUAAUGAUCGGAAGAGUUUUUCACAGCGAGACAUUUUUAUCCUGUUUCUCGCCUUUAGAAGGGGCAACAAUUACACUGUUAAUAUUCUCGAGGUUUCUUAUUGUCGUUUUUUAUAGUGUAAAGGCCAUGAAAUUAUUUUGACUUUUGAUCUUGAGUAAGUUCACCAGUUGUGAUGAUAUAUCGUCAACAAAGUGACUCCGGAAAUUUUGUAAUUUUCACAUUACGAAAGAUUCGAAAAACGAGUGGAUAACAAGGGGAUAAAUUUUGAAAAUUUCAAUCUGUCAUUUUUCGAGUUUUUAAAUUUGUCAAAAUGCUCUGCAGUAAAUAUUGUCCUCCCAAAUGAUUCAUUUCCUUGAUUCGUGUUGUUUGAACGGGUUCCUGGAGAUCGGGUGAAUAACUCUGUCGUCCCAGUUAUUAGACAUUUUAAUAUCGAGAAAAAUUGUAAAAAAUCACUUGAUCUUCACUGCCGAAGGGCAAAGAUCCCGAAACACCCAGCCAUUACAUCCCAAUUUUAUCAAUUUAAUUUCUGUCCAUAAUCAUGUAGACUAAUUAAUUGUACAUGCCUAGAAUCCGUUAAUCACUCAUUUACCAGUCUUGAGUAAGAUACGGAACACUUGUUAACCGGGCCACAAUCAUUCCUUACUAUGGCUCAUGCUGUUGGUCUAUUACCACAAUCAGCGCAUUUCAUGUUUGUAUACAUAUAUUGCCACCGGACGGUGAUAAUGAUGGGCACUUUGGCUUGAAUAAAUCUUGGGUUUGUUAAUAUCACCGAUGGGUAUUCACGUACAUUCUGGGCUAUCUCUUGCCUCAGCGAUCUCUCUCCACACUCAUUAAUCCCCCACCAAUCGAUCAUUACGAGAAUCUCAGAGGUGAAUGAGGAAGGCGUCGUGUAGAUGGUGUCAAUGCCAAGAUGUCUCUUAAUAUUUUUUUAAUAAUAUACGUUAAAAGACGAGGGGAUAUUUUAUAUUAUUCAUUUGACAAAGACAAAGACCAGGGGAUAAUUCUGCUGUUUUUUAUUUGAGGAAUUCAACUUUCCUGUUGGUAGUUUGUCUCCAUCAAGAGUUUCUCACAGUUUCUAGGGCCCCUCCUCUCGCCAUUAUGACACUUUUUCCUUUCCUGCUGCAUUUAUGGGACUCAUUCGACGCCGGAGAACUGGACCAGAGGCUUUCAUUCAUAAUAUUUCAACGAGCCAAGAGAGUCAUUGUCAAAUAUUUAAAAAAACUAAUAUUUGAACGAAUAAAACCACGAGAUUCCUCCUGCCUCAUGCAUAGUUAUUACACAGGUGAUUGUCAUAAUGCUCAAUCCAUCAUUGCAAGAUGUUUUUAUGUGGACAUCACCCAUUGCCCAAUACGAUUAACCAGAGAUCUUGCGAUUCCAAUGAGCCACGCACCGAGUUGCUGAGGAAUUUCUUGGCCUUUCACUUUCAUUCUGGUGGAUUUUUUUACAGGGGCUGCAUUAUCCUUUUAAUUUUUCCGAGGGAUCCAGUCAUUAUUUGCGAGAACAUAUCCCCCUACCAGGGAGAGCCCCCUGCUGUGGACGGGAAAUUUUUUUGGGCUGGAGGCUUUCGAUUGAUUCUGGAAAUUAAUGAAUCGUCGAUCAUCUUCGGGGAUUUCUUAUGAAAUUCAUCGUCAAUCAUUUUUAUUUCAUCUCUCAUUGUUUAUCGUCGGUCUGUUGUAAUGCCGUAAAACCUGUCUCGUUCAUAGUGAAUACCAAUUAUUCAAUCCACGCGCAUAAUCAUGAUUCAUUGCUCCAUUAUGAGUCAGUAAAGUGCUGGCAUGUUGACAGUGCAGGUGAAAGCCGGGGGAGUCGAUCAAACAAUGGAGUGUCAAUAGCGUGUUUUAAAUUUUGGUGUUUUUUUGUUUUACGAUACAAAGGGAAGUUAUUGGUGGAGACUUAACAUGGAAAACGUUUUCCAUUGGAAUUUUUUAUUGAGUUUACGUGGCAUCCUCCUCGUCCCCUUCUCCUCGUCAGGUGCAUUUCACCGCUAGGCAUAAUACGAUAGAUCCUUCCGUCUUGAUCGCUGCAAGUAGACCGGACACGCGGGUCAGUCGGACAUUCGUACCCCGGAUAAUUUCACACUAAUUUAAAUUUCGAGGAACCGAGAGACGUCUAAUUAAAUUGUCAAGGAUCCUAGCACUGUCAGCAAGGAGACGAGACCAUUUUACAGCUAAUCCGGACCCGGAGUCUUCUUGGGAGAUGACUGGAAAGCCUUGAGCCUCGAUAGAAAAAAAAAAAUCUCCCACGUCUUAACGGAUUUUCGGCGCAUCACUCUCACCAAUUACGCGACCUCUCCCGACAGCAUUUGUCCUCAAUAAUAUUUGUUAUUUAGGAUCCAAUUAACGUCGAGCGGUGCCGCGGUAUUAAAAUACUCCGAGAAAUCUGGGGAUUAAAUUUCUGGAGAUGAGCGCUCUUACCUCGUCUAGAGUGAACGUAAGAAAUUGUUGGAAUGGUCACAGAUGAUGAAAUGAAUGGUGAAUCGCAUUGGUCGGGCAAUUACCGAAGGACCCUCCGACGGAAGUCAAGAAGUCAGCCCGGAAAUGAGAGCUCCGCUCGUGUUCCUUCAGGGGAAUGAUGUAGGCUAGUGAAUUCCUUCGGUCUGAGGUAUUUUAUGUUGCAGCGUCGUAUCGUGUGCAACGGGGGAGGAAAUUCUGCACUUUGUACAUAUCUCAAGGACGAAAAAUGUGGAGUAAAAAACGAUCCACCUCCGAUGGGUAGUCUCUCGUCGCGUAGGUGCAUUCACCCCUCUGUAUGCACCGAUACAAGAUACAAGCCAGGCGGUAUACAACGAAUCGUACGGGGAGUCUGCUGCGUGCACUUAUCCAGGAAUGUUACCGAUGCGAUGCCCGGUUA